GCCCUUUAGAAAUCCUACAAGGAAGGCAGGCUUGGCAAUUGGCACCAAUGAUGAACCUGUGUUUCAACUAUCCGAAGACUGUAGCCACCAGAGGAGAAGAUUCAUAAAGACAUCACUCUGGAAACUGGAAAGGCUCUCUUCUUGCUCGAGUCUUAAAAUUGAAGCUAAAAAUUGAUUAUAUUUAGGUCAAGUUUCUGAAUCAAUUGAUUGUAAUUUAGCUCAAAUUGAUUGUAAUCUGAUAUUACAAGAAUGAGGAAGAGACCCGGAAUUGGUGGUUUACAGACGGCCGCUGCUACUAGGGAUCAAUAUCGAUUGGUCGGAGAAAAUGUGGCCAGGAUUAAAACUGAUCUCAUGAAGGAACAGCUCGCUACUUUCCGUUCUCAAUUGGAGGACUUUGCUCGCAAACACAAGAAUGACAUUCGUAAGAACCCUGCAUUCAGAUCACAGUUUCAUGAGAUGUGCGCUAAAGUUGGAGUGGAUCCUUUAGCCUCAAACAAGGGAUUUUGGGCAGAGCUACUGGGGAUUGGAGACUUCUAUUAUGAACUUGGGGUGCAAAUUGUUGACAUUUGUUUGGCUACAAGGUCUCUCAAUGGAGGGUUGAUCGACUUACAAGAGCUCCGCAAUUUGCUUUGUCAAAAGCGAAAGGCUGCUCGUGAAUCUGUGACAGAAGAUGAUUGCUUGCGUGCUAUUAGCAAACUGAAGGUAUUGGGUAGUGGUUUCGAGGUGAUUUCUGUUGGAAAAAAAAAGCUUGUGCGGUCUGUUCCCACGGAAUUGAACAAGGACCACAAUGAAAUUUUAGACCUGGCCCAGGGUCAAGGCUAUGUGACGGUGGAAGAGGUAGAGAAGCGGCUCUCUUGGUCAUCUGGUCGUGCUAUCGAUGCCCUCGAGACCCUACUGGAAGAAGGGCUUGCAAUGAUUGAUGAUGGUCACAAAGAUGGUAAAAGGCGUUACUGGUUCCCUUGUGUCUCAUUUGUUACUACUUCAUAGGUGCUAUCCUUCUGAAAGUUUGGUUUUCACAUUCUCUUGUAAUGUACUGUUGUCUUUUUACAUGUAACAUGGUGAUAAAAGUCAUUUUCACUAUUUGAUUGAGAUAUGAUCAUCUUAUUUUCUCCUUGUUUUA